UAGCAUUAUGAUUAAGUCAAUUUGACGAAUUAUUUGAUGACAGAAAACUGUGAGAAGUGUAGUGGAGAUUUGUUUUGUUACAUUAUUACAAAUAAAACGGUUAAGAGAAACAACAACAACUUGAUCAAAAAUAUCCUUAUAUUUUCUUUAAGAAAUUAUCGUGACGCCAGCUUUUGAAAGACUAAAUCUGCAAUAAGUAUUUAUCAACAUGCCUAAAGUUGUUUCUAGGAGCAUAGUCUGUUCAGACACUAAGGACCAAGAAGAAUACAAUGAAACGAAGCCGUUACACAUUUACUAUUGCCUUUGCGGUCAAAUGUCUCUCAUUCUUGACUGUACUAUAGACCGUUUACCACUCCGACCGACGGACGGGGCACGAGUCAUUGACGGCUCGAAACACGCUCACAAAAUCACAUCAGAUCCCGACGAGACAGUCUACUUAAAACGAGAAAAAGGUAUCGAAAGACAGUACAGGAUGAAAUGCAAGAAAUGUGCUAUACCAAUAUACUACAAGCAUGAGCAAGAUAAUAAUGUCGUGUUUAUUAUGAGAGGAGCUUUAGUACAAACGGCUGGUGAAGGUGGAGUCACAGAUAUCUACAAACAAGUGGCCUUAACACAACCAAAGAAGAUUAUGGUAACUAAACACACAAAGAACAUGGGUAAAUUCAGUUCAGUCACAGUCUCCACUAUAGAUGAAGAGGAAGAUGAGAUUGAGGCUCGGGAGGUUGCUGACAGUUAUGCAAAUAAUGCGAGGAUCAUUGAGAAGCAGUUGGAGAGGAAAGGCAUGAAUAAGAGACAAGCAGAGACUCCCGCACAGACUACAGAGAAGAGAGUGAGAGGGACACUGAUUGAGAAAUAAAUGUUUUAUUUUAAUA